UUAAAACUAAUUCUAGAAAGAAGAAGAGAACUUAAACAAGAAAACGGUGAACCAAACAUAAACUUCAGCAUUUAAUUUUGUAAACCGGUUCAAAGUCGGUCGUGUAAGACUAAAAGCCAUAGAUGACCUCCGGUUUUGCGUCAACACUGUAUAAUGACAGUUAAGGUCUUCUCCGGUUUAGCUCAGCUUUGACCAAAACCCCCCAAAUGACGUCAUCAACGCUGACAGUUUCCUCCGAUUUUCAUUUUCUGAGAAAUUUCAGACACAAGAGAACAUAUAAAACCAAAACAACCUCUGUAUCUCGCAUUUGUAAUACUUUGUGAAUAAAUGGAAAAGGCAUCCGACUACAACAACAACAACAACAACUCCAAGAAACUCUCGAAGAUGCUACAAAAAGCGUUAUCAAUUGGUCACAACGCGGCGCCGUUUAGUCCGGUAAGAGAUUUCCGUCACCACCGUACGAUUUCUACGGCGAACAGAGGAUACUUCUUCUCCAGUCCGAUGACACCGUUGCUUCCAACGUCGGCUAGAGCUAGGAGAAGAACCAAGAGCAGCGGCGGCGUUGUUGUCGCUGAACCCACUUCGCCUAAAGUCUCCUGCAUCGGUCAGAUCAAACUCGCCAAGUCGAAAUGUCCGGGGACGAAUAACAGAGCACCUAAGAACCUCGAACCGGCGUCGUCUUCUCUUGUUAAAGAGGAACAAGGCAAAGGAGGCUGGUCGAAACUAAAACGUCUCUUCUCAACGAGAAGGAACCCGUCGAGAAAAUCCGGCUCCGCGGCCUCUACCGCCGUCAUAGAACAUCCCGUCGUGGCGGUGGAAGCGGCUGCGGCGCCUUCGUUGGGUCAAAUGAAGAAGUUCGCGACAAGCAGGGAGGCUCUUGGAGGGUUUGAUUGGAGGGUGGAGAUGAAACGUCAAGCAGAAGAAUCUCGACAUGAACAUUACACUCCCGAUGGCGAAGAGACGAUGAUUCCAUUCUCUGCGACUGUAAGCAUGCCUCUGACUCAGAGAGAGGGUUUGAGUUUGCGUCCAAGACAGAAGAGUGAAGUUAAUCUGUGGGAGAGAAGAAGAACCAUUGAUCGACCAAAACCACUUCAACUUAAACCUACUUAUUAAUUUUUUUGUAUUCAUUACUACUAUUCUAUGUAUAGUUGUUUUUUUUGUGUCUCGGAAUCUCGUUUCUGCGUAGUAGGUCUGGAUUUGUGAAUACUUAUACUUGUGAAUAAA